AUGUCAUUAGAAAGUCCAACAAAAUCACCAACACCAAAACAUCGUUAUAAUUCUCAUUUAAAUGGAGAUUUAGAUUCUCUCUCUUCUACUACAACAUCAUCAAUGACACCUGUAACUAAAAAUGGUAUUGGAGCUAUUGAAAAUUUAUUAUCUUAUUCGUCGACUAAUCGUUAUAAUUCUGUUAUAAAUAAAUAUAAAAAUUUAACAACAACAUCAACAUCAACAGAUUAUGGAUUAAAAUCAAUAUCAAAUGGAACAAUAACAAAUAGUACAAUGACCAAUAGUGCAUUAGAUCCACAAUGUUAUUUAUCAUCAAAAUAUCGUCGUGGUGAAAGCUAUUUACGCACAACGACUCCAACUGCUAGUUCCUCAUCGUCAAUCACAACACCUGUUAAAACUACAACAAUCACUCCUGUUCAUCAGCAUACCUCAGUAACAAAUGGUAAUAAUACCGAUUCAUCGCCAUCAUUAAUUUCACCUACAAGUACAUCAUCGUCAUUGAAUGGUAGUUCAGCUCCUUCUAGUGCUCCUCCUCCGCCGCCUCCUCCUCCUCUACCACCAUCAGUACAUGUAACAAAUGGAUUGUCGCGUCCAUCUCUUCAAGAAAUUCAUCAAUCACCCGUUCUUCAUAGUUCACUAUCUCAUACAACAACAUCGAACGGUGAUUAUAGAUCUACAUUGUAUCCAUCAAUUUUAAAUAAUCAAAAUGGCCCAUUAUCAUCAACACCAAUUCCACCUCCACCACCUGCUUAUUCAUCCAAUUCGACUCUAUCGAGAUUAGUUCAGCAGAGAGAUGAAUCUAGACGAAAAGAAUCAGAAAGUUCUAAUUCAACAACGACUACGAAAACUCUCGUUCAUGAGCAACAAUCUCAACAUCCGCAACAACAGAGAAUACGAGAAAUUAGCAGUAAUGUAGGAUUUGUAUCACUACCGGAUCAAGUACAUCGUCGUGCUGUUAAACGUGGAUUUGAAUUUAAUCUUAUGGUUAUUGGUCAAUCUGGUUUGGGUAAAUCAACAUUUAUCAAUACACUAUUUCAAACUGAAUUAUAUGGUCAAGAUUUUCCAUCUACUAUUCAUCGUAAAAAGAAGACCGUGUCCAUUGAUUCAUCAAGUAUUAUUUUAAAAGAAAAAGGUGUCCAAUUGCGUCUAACAAUUGUGGAUACACCUGGCUUUGGAGAUGCUGUUGAUAAUAGUAAUUGUCUUCAGCCACUUGAUAUCGAAUUUAUGAAACGAUUACAUGAUCGUGUUAAUAUUAUUCCAGUUAUAGCCAAAGCAGAUACUUUGACAUCCGAUGAACUGAGAAUAUUUAAAAAAUCAAUAUUACAAGAUAUUCAUAAUGAAAAAAUUAAAUUAUAUGAGUUUCCAGAUUGUGACGAUGAUGAAGAAAAUAAACUAACAAAAGCAUACAAAGAAAAAGUUCCAUUUGCAGUUGUGGGAAGUAACAUUAUAUUGGAACGAGGAAGUAAACGAGCGAGAGUUAGACAAUACGCAUGGGGAGUUGUAGAUGUUGAAGAUGAAGCACACAGUGAUUUUAUUGCAUUGAGGAGUAUGCUUAUUCGAACAAAUUUAAACGAUUUGCGUGAUGUUACUCAUAAUAUUCACUAUGAAAAUUAUCGUUAUAAAAAGUUAAGUCAUUCGACCAGUAGUAAUACUACUGGUAGUGAUUCAGCUAAAGCGGGAUCAAACAAAUCAUUGCAAUCGAAUAAGAAUUUUUUUUCUCAAUUAGAAGAUGAUCGUGCUGAAACAGAAUUACGUUUAGAAAAAAUGAGUCGCGAUAUGGAAGCUGUAUACCAAGCGAAAGUAACAGAAAAAUUACAAAAAUUAGAAGAAAGUAAACAAAAUGUCUUAAAAACUCAAGAGUCCUAUCGUCAAAGUUUACAACAAGAGGAUGAACGUUUAAGUUCUAAACGAGAAGAAUUCGAAAGACAACGACGAGAAUGGGAUGAAAGUUCAAAAACAUUUGAAUCAAGUGGAUCAUUAACGUAUGUUUAG